AUGUUUUCAGCACUGAUCUACCUAUCGAUUGCAGUUGGAUCGAUUGCAUAUCUAUACUACUUCUUUGUUAUAAAGCCAGACAAUACCUACAAGGGUGCUCUCCAGAAGGCUCAACAAGCUAAGCUCCAACAACACACAACACAAAACGCUGCGCCAACAACCAAGAAGCAAGCAACCAACAACACCACAAAGAAGACUCAAAAGCCAAAAUCAAAACCAACUCCAACCCCAACUCCAACACCAGCUCCAAAGGCUGUUGAGCAACCAAAGAAAGUUGAGGAGCCAAAGAAGGCUGUUGAGCAACCAAAGAAAGCUGUUGAGCAACCAAAGAAAGCUGCCGCCACUCCAGUUGUUGAACAACCAAAGAAGGCUGCUGAACAACCAAAGAAGGCUGCUGAACAACCAAAGAAGGUAGUUGAAGAGCCAAAGAAAGUUGUUGAGCAACCAAAGAAAGUCGUUGAAGAACCAAAGAAAGUUGUUGAACAACCAAAAAAGGUAGUCGAACAACCAAAGAAAGUCGUUGAACAGCCAAAGAAAGCUGUCGAACAACCAAAGAAAUCAAAUAAUGCUACUACAGUAAUCAAUUUACCAAAGAAGGACACAUUGUUUGUAAAUGCCGAUGCAGCCAAGCCAAUGAAACCAAUCAAGGAGGAGAAGAUUGAUUUCUCUAGUUGGGAGGUCGUCAAGCAACCACCAACCGAGUUGGAGAAGUUGUCGACUUUGAGAAAGCGUUUGAAUGAGACAGAGUCGAUGCUUCGUAAGGAGCGUGAAGACAAUGUUUUCAAGAUCAAUUUGCAACACGACCAAAUCAUCCAGCUGCAAGUCGCCAAGGAGUCGUCGGAGGCACGUCUCUACGAGCGUAUCAAGUCGUUGGAGACUCAGAUCCAAUCGGGUGCACCAGUCGUCGCCCAAGACACUUCACUCCACCAAUUCAACUACGUGGCCAACAUGGCUCAACGUGAUCACCCAGCUGUUGAAGCGGUUCGUCGUGAGCGUGAUCAACUCUCGUCAGAGUUGGCAGAGCUCCAACAAAAGUUGGAAUCAGUGCAAUCGGAACACUCACAACAGUUACAAGAGGAGUUGCGACGUGAGCGUGAAACACUUGGUGGUCAAGCCGGACAACUCCAACAAAAGUUGGAUCAGUUGAAGAAGGACAGCAAGAGCCGUGAGGAAUCAUUGCAACAACAGAUCGAUACCAUCCAGAAGGAGAAGGACGCCAUGCUCCAGUCGAGCACUGAAUUCAGCGGUAAUAUAUUGACUCUCCAGAACGAGAAGAAGUCGUUCAUCGAGAAGUUGGCAGAGAAGGAGUCGUUCAUUGCCGAGCUCAGCCAGAAGAUCAAGGAGUUCGAGACACAAGAGGAACUCGAAGACAAGCGUGCAUCACACGAGGUUGCCGAGCGUGAUUUCCAAAUCGAGAAGUUGCAAGAUCAACUCGAAGACAAGUCCAAAGAGAUUCAAUCGUUGAAGCAACAGUUGGAUGGAAAGAACACCGAAGUUGAAUCACUCAAAUCCGCAGAUUCAACUGUCAACUCACAAAUCACCGAUUUGAAGAGUCAAUUGGACGCCAAGACUGCUGAAGUCGAUACUUUGAAGGGAGAGAACACUACUGUCAACAGUCAAAUCACCGAUUUGAAGAGUCAAUUGGAUAGCAAGAAUUCAGAGAUCGAUACUUUAAAGGGAGAGAACACUACUGUCAAUGGUCAAAUCACCGACUUGAAGAGUCAAUUGGAUGCCAAGAAUGCCGAAGUUGAAUCACUCAAGUCUGCUGACUCCACUGUCAACAGUCAGAUCACCGAUUUGAAGAGUCAAUUGGAUGCCAAGAAUGCUGAAGUCGAAACUUUGAAGGGAGAGAACACCACUGUCAACGGUCAAAUCACUGACUUGAAGAGCCAAUUGGAUGCCAAGAAUGCCGAAGUUGAAUCACUCAAAUCUGCCGACUCCACCGUCAACUCACAAAUCACCGACUUGAAGAGCCAAUUGGAUGCCAAGAACUCAGAGAUUGACACUUUGAAGGGAGAGAACACCACUGUCAACGGUCAAAUCACUGACUUGAAGAGUCAAUUGGAUGCCAAGAACUCAGAGAUUGAUACUUUGAAGGGAGAGAACACUGCCGUCAACGGUCAAAUCACCGACUUGAAGAGCCAGUUGGAUGCCAAGAAUGCCGCCGACUCCACCGUCAACGAUCAAAUCACCGACUUGAAGAGCCAGUUGGACAAUAAGAACUCGGAGAUCGAUACUUUGAAGGCCGAAAACACCGCCGUCAACAGCCAGAUCACCGACUUGAAGAAUCAAAUCUCCACCAAGGAGAGCGAGUUGCAAUCACUCCACGCCGGCAACGACCAAGCUGCCGAGUUGAGAAACCAGAUCGAGUUGAAGUCCUCCGAGAUCUACACCUUACAGACCGAGAAUACCGCUGUCAAGAGCCAGUUGCAAUCGAAGGAUUCGGAACUCGCCAGCCUCCAAUCGGAGCACUCCACUGUCAACAGUCAAAUCACCGACUUGCGUCAACAACUCUCUGCCAAGGACAGCGAGUCAGAAUCACUUAGAAACCAACACAAUGGUGCACUCGAACAGUUGCGCCAACAACUCGAGCAAUCGGCCAAUCAAAUCAAGAGCGAACUCUCCUCGGAAGUAGAGAAACUCCAAUCUGAAAAAUCACAAUUGCAACAAGACAACGAACGUAUUCAAACUCAACUGAAAGAAUUAGAAAAGAAAUUGGAAGAACAACAACAACAACAACAACAACAACAACAACAACAACAACAAAAUAAUAGUGUAAGAUUAAAUGGAUCAUCUGAAAAGUCAGAUGUUCUUCAAGAAUUGCAAGAUCGUCUCGAUGAGGAGAAGGCUCGUACCGACGUUAUCAACCAACAACUCGACAAGGAAAGAAGCAACAAGGAUAACAUCGAAAAGGAAUACCAAAAGGUACAACAAACAUACAGCGACCUCAAAGUCCAAUACGAUCAAUUGGUCAACGACAAACAAGCAACCGAGAAAAAACUCGUCAUCACACAAAAUCUUCUUGAACGUUUUAGAUCCUCAAGUCAGCAAACAACACCCGUCUCAUAA